UAAACAACCAACUAUUGGACCACAACCAACGUCAUCGUCUGAACCUCCUGUACAACCAACGUCUGAACCACCUGUACCACAACCAACGUAUGUACCACCUGUACCACAACCAACGUAUGUACCACCUGUACAACCACCAACGAAUGUACCACCUGUACUACAACCUACUUCCCCUCCCCCAACAACACAAUCAACGGAACCGAUUGUAACUAAGGCUCCAAUAUCUCAACAUAAAGGAAAUUUAGGUGAUCGAUGUAAUAAUAAUGAUGAAUGUCUAGAUGGAUUUAUUUGUCAUGAAAAUAGUUGUAACAAAAAGAACAAAAAUUCUAGCAUUAAGAAAGCUGCCAUAGCAGGUGUAAUUAUUAUUGGUGCUUCCGGUGGUCUUGGUUUCAUCUUUUUUAUGUACAUGAAAGGUUCACAAUUAAGAAAAGGUCAUAAACAAGAUUAUACACCUAGUAUGUAUUCUAGGGAUUCUAGGUAUUCGACAGAUGAAAUGACAAAUACAAAUUCAUUUUCAAAUAACUCGAUGACACCUCGUGGUAUUCCUAUUACAAAUCAUUAUGAUAACUUACCUCCUAUUGGAAAUAGGGGUUUCGAAGGACCUCGACCAGGAUUUUAUAAUUAUUAUAAUGAAGGAGAAAAUAUAAGACAACCACCAUCAACAUUACAAAAUUAUAAUCGAAAUCACGGAGGUUUAGCACCGGCAAGACAAUUUUUACCGAUGAACCAAGGUGGAUUGUUUCCUAUCCGAUCUAUAAGAGGAAAUUAUGGUGAUAAUGAUCCUUUGAGAGAUCCCAAUAUUUCAGAAAAUGAAACAAUGGUAAUUUCCAACGAGUCAGAUCCUUCAAUUUAUUCUCAAGACUCAUCUGGUUCCGGAACAUCCUUACUGAAAAAUCGUUUAAUAAGAGAGAAUCAAAGAAAAUAA